AUGGUCAGCAUAACAUCCGGGAAAGUGAUUUCUAUUUCUGAUAUUGCCGGAAUUUCUUGCGAACCAUUCCAAGAAGCCUUUUCUCGGAAAAAUAUUUUAUCUGGAUUCAAACAAUCUGGAUGCUUUCCACUAAACGAAAAUAUUUUCAGCGAUGACGAAUUUCUACCAGCAUCUGUCACUGACAUCUUAAUCGAAAAUGGAACCAAUAUUGCAGAAGAAGUACCACCUACAAGUGAAAAUAAGAGGGCUGAACCAGAAGAUACAAACUGCCCACCAAUAACACCAGAACAAGCGCGGCCGUACCCAAAAGCAUUGAAAAGGAGUCCAACAAGAAGGGGCCGAAAGAAAAAAUGUUCUUCAGUUUUGACCAGCACUCCAGAAAAGGAUCGAAUACUAGAAGAAAGAGCUGAGAAGGAGAGAAAAGGGCUGCUUAAGGAAAAACCAUCAUCAUCCGAAGAUGACGAGCAGGAAGUAAGCUAUAUUGAUUUCGACCAAGAUCGGGAUAUGUCAGUGGCAGAAAUUGACCCAUUGGAAAUUAGUCCGCAAGAAGUAAUAGAUGAAAGUGACUAUGUUCUUGUAAAAAUGUACGGAAAAAAGGUUCCUAAGUUCUUUGUGGGAGUAGUCAUAAAGAAAAUGGUCGAAUCUUGUGAGCUUUUAACAAAUUUAAUAAUGGAUCUUAAGAACAAACGCAGUCCAAUUUGGAUGCAUUUCUCUCAAACAACAGAGAAAACGGCAAAAUGCCUCUAUUGUCAAAAAUUUAUAAGCAUCAGCGGAGGUGCCACCGGAAAUCUAAGAAGGCAUUUAAAAACCAAACACGUUGGCAUAACAGUUGAAAAGGCGUUAUAUUCAGGAGCGAAAUAUACCCGACAACAACAGCCCAUCUUCAUCUUCUAUCAACCAACAACAACAAAAUUCUCAACCACCUACUAUCGCAAUAGAAGUUCCAUCCACAACGUCUUUCACUACUCCAUUCAUAAUUGCAACAACAGAACGUCCUUCAACUUCAUCUUCAUCAUGUACAAUAACCAUACAUCAACCUCUAAUCAAACGCCCCGACUUACAGCACAACGACAACAAACAAUUUCCAGCUAUACUAAAAAACCCAUUUCCUUAAACUAUUCAAAACAAUUAGACGAACAAAUCGUCAAAACUAUGGUGAAGCAAUACUAUCCAUUUUGUAUGGUUGAAGACCAGGAAUUAAAGAAAUUUGUUCAAAUGCUUAAUCCAAGUUACCAGCUCCCUUCAAGGAAAACCGUAAGUAAUUCUUUGAUACCUAGGCUCUAUGAAGAGACAAAAGUAAAGGUACAAGACGCAUUAGCUACAGUUUCAGCUGUUUGUGUCACAACAGACGGUUUGACAUCCAAUACGCAGCAAAGCUAUAUCGGAAUUACGGUCCACUUCAUUCAAGAGCAGCAAGACACUUUAUCCCUGGAGUCACGUCUCCUAGGAUGCAUUCCUUAUAACGAAAGCCACACCAUCACUAACCUGGGAAACAUGCUCAGCUCGGAAUUAAAUAAAUGGAACCUGGAAGAAAAAGUGUGUUGUGUUGUGACAGACAAUGCUUACAAUGUCGUUGGUGCUGUAAAAUUUAAAAAGUGGAACCAUUUCCCGUGUUUUGCACAUAGCCUUAAUUUGGUUGUUGGUGAAGGACUUGCUAUUAUCGAGUCGAAAAUAGUGAAAGUAAAAAAUAUUGUUGCAUUUUUCAAAAAAAGCUCUAAAGCAACAGUCAAACUUGCAAGCAUGGAAAGGGAGCUCAAUUUUCCAGAACUUAAGCUUAAGCAUUACUGCAUAACGCGGUGGAAUUCUACCUACGAAAUGCUCAACAGAAUUCUAAUUGUUAAAUCCGCUGUGCUUGCAGUUCUGGCAAUUGAAAAUCCUGACCUAAAUUGCUUGUCGGCCAGCGACUGGACAAUUUUGGAGAGGGCAACAAAUAUUUUCAAAAUUUUUCAUGCAAUAACGGAACAAAUGUCGGCUGAAAAAAAUGUCACCAUUUCAAAAACGAUGCUCAUGAUCAAAGCGAUAAGAUCACAUUUAAAUAAAAUGUCUAUUGAAAAUAAUAAUGAAAUCGACGAAAUUAAUUUCAUUAUUAGUACUCUUGUAAAUUCCAUUAAAAACAGGUUUAAGCAAGUGGAUCAAUUUGUUGAUGACAGAGUGGCACAAGCUACAUUUUUGGAUCCAAGAUUCAAAAAACAUGGGUUUUCUAACCUAACAGCCAAUGAAAAAUGUUUAAAGGACUUGAAGGCUAAGGCGUUAUGGUUCCCAACGCAAACACCACCGGCAGAUCCAGAUACUACUACUGCAUCAACUUCAACAAAUUCCGAAUCAUCGUGGCGUCAAAACGAUGCACUGAUAUGGGGAGAUUUCGAUUCUCAUUUGGAUUUAAUCGUUUCCAACCCAAACCAACAUGCUGCAAGUAUUUUAGAAAUUGAUAAGUACAUCAAUGAAACACCUAUUCGACGCAACGAUGAUCCCCUUAAAUGGUGGAAGGAAAGAAAACAUAUAUACCCACGACUCUACAACCUUGCCCUUAAGAGGCUUUGCAUUGUUGCAACGAGUGUACCAUGCGAGAGAGUUUUUUCAAAAGCAGGUCUUACGAUUUCAAAUAGGCGUAGCAGCUUAAAGCCCACAAAAGCAGCGCAAUGCCUAUUUUUAAAUUAUAACUUGUAG